GGGAGGUUUGUGUUUGUGGUUUAAAAGGUUUAAAAGCUGAGAUCUGCUUGACGUUUCUGUGAAAAUGGAGUUUGUUAAAGAAGAGAGUGAAGACCUGAGUGAUGAAGAAACAUGCGGAGAGGAUGAGGAAGAGACCGAGGAGCACAGAGAUCUGAUAGAAGUGAAAGAGGAACUUCAAGAGCGAAGUGAAGAUCAGUACGAGGAACCUCUUCAUUUCAUAAAUGGAGAACAGUCUUGUAGUCGAUCACAGAAACAUAAUGAUCAAAUGCAAGAAACCUCUCAAAGAACAGAAGCCAAAAACCUGUUCGCCUGCUCUGAAUGUGGAAAGAGUUUCACACGCAGAGGACACCUAAAGAUCCACACGAUCAUCCACACAGGUGAGAGACCGUACACCUGUCCUCAGUGCUCCAAGAGCUUCACCUGCAAAGGAAGCCUUAAGGAUCACUUCAAGAUCCACUCCGGAGAAAAGCCUUCACCUGUCCUCAGUGCGGAUGGAGUUUUGCACGACAAGAAGACCUCAAGAGGCACAUAA